AUGACUUAUACUUGGAAAAUUCCAUCGUUUUCUGAUGAAUCUUUUCCAUCUCCAUAUGUUAAUGAUCAUUUUGAUAAUAAUUUAUCGUCAUCAUCAAUAUAUGAUGGUUUUAAUAAAAUGAUGGCAACAGUGCGUCAACAUUUUCAACAAAUGUCUGCUUUAUCAUUAUCGUUAGCUAAAGGUUAUACUGCUGAUUUGAUGGAAGUUAAAAAGAAAUUAGAUACUGUUGUACCUGCCUGUACAACAACAACAACAAAUUUACUACCAACAAGAUCAAUAAAAAACAAUAGACGAAAAUCUCUUCGUACUACACAAACAACAACAUGUGUUAAGAAAUCGAUUAUUGAUGGAGAAAAAUAUAUAUAUAAGGAAAUAACAGUCACUAAUGAUAAAGGUAAAGUAAUCUCACAAAUCAACAAAUAUGAAUCAAUUUCAAUCAAUACAAUUAAUGAUACUACACCUUCAAAUGUAAACGAAUAA